GCAAUAUCACAACUUACAACUUUGUAUACUAUGACGCUUCUAUCAACCACCAUAUGUAUUCAGUAUCGAGAAUUCACUUGUAGUGAAUAAUAUUGGCUCGUCCCUGAGCAUCUCUGCAAAAGUCAAAGACAUCGUCUCUUCGAGUUUGCCCGUGGUCUCAUAUAAUAGCACUGGGAGUUGCGGCCUGGUAAAUUCAAAAUGAGCAACGAUUUACAGUCAUGGGCAUUGCCACGACUACAACGCCUACUGCCCAUCGAUGACGGUUCAUUAAGGGAAAUCAUCACUUACUCUUCCAGUCUCUCGAAAGACGCGGCUGCCGAUCAUCUCAAGAACCUGUUGGGCGACUCGCCGCAAGCCCUGGAAUUCAUUUCAUCUUUUAACGCCAGACGGAAAGAAAUCCCCUCCCGACAGGCCUCACCGUCACAAGCAGACCGUGAAGAUGACGUGCAGCCACCAAAGAAGAGAUCAGCUAAAAAGUCGAAACCGCCUCCUCUUCACUCUACAGGUCCUGCCCGCCGGCCUGAUGGAUAUGGCGAUGUGACCGGCGGGUACAAAAAGCAUUAUAAUGAUGGUGACGGCUACUCCUCUCCCUCAUUCAACCAGCGGCCCGGCUCACAGGGUCAGGACUCCAGUGUUCUUUCAAGUACUCCCGCGGCACGUCAGGCACCCUCCACUUCUGCUUCAGGAUUGGCGGCGGCCUCGUCUUCUCGAUCGGAGUCGCCGGCCAAAACGUCUCAAAAGCUACCUCCUUCGGCGUCCGGCCAGUUGAUAUCCGACUUUGGGUUUGCCAAUGUGCGAGCGAAACAAGCCAAAAGGCCCACCCAUGCAGCUCAUUCACAGCCGCACUCUGGAGCCUCAACGCCGACCAGGGGAGGUGCCACGACAACGACGACAAGCGUAGCCGACCUGACCGCAGCUAUUGCAGCUUUAGAACUUUCGACUAACCCAACCCUCUCCAGUAAAAGGAGAAAAUGUGAUUGCAAUGCUUCCAUACAUCCUCUCUUCACGACCGCACCGAACUGCCUGAAUUGUGGGAAGAUCAUUUGUGCACUGGAAGGACUUCAACCUUGUUCGUUUUGCGAUUCGCCAAUACUCACCAAAGACCAAGUCAAUGAGAUGAUCAAGGCCCUGAAGGAAGAGCGUGGCAUUGAGAGAAUGGCAGCACACAAUGCAACCCAGUCCCAUUCCGGCACGGCCACCCCAAUUCUCGGCGGAUCGACACCGGAUACGUCUGGAGACGAGCUGUCUUCUGCCGCUGCUCGGGCGCGUGCCCAUCGGGAUAAGCUGCUGGCAUUUCAACGGGAGAAUGCACAACGGACAAAAGUGUAUGACGAAGCCGCAGACUACGAUAUGAGCCUUACGCCGGGUGCUACGCAGUGGAUGACGCCACUGCAGCGAGCAGCAGCACUUAAGAAACAACAGAAAUACUUGCGCGAACUGGAAGAAGCCAACCGUCCUGAGUGGGAAAAGAAGCGGACGGUAAUGAGUAUGAGUAUCAAGAACGGGAAGCUGGUCAAGACGUACGGGCACGAGAAAGCGCCAGCACGAGCAUCGCCGGCGGAUGAGGACGAUUCAAGGCAUGAGGACGAUGGCGAAGCCGGCGAUGAUAAUGAAGGCCAACAUCUCAGCAUAGGAGGCAAAGGCGCCUUCAGUAACAACCCUUUACUAUCCACUGGGAAACUGAUUCGUCCAGUGUGGAAAGCCCCUGAGGGAACUGAAAAAGGCAAGUCUUCUGAGGCCGAUGGCCAUGUUCCGAGGAAGAGCGUAUGGCGCAGGGUCCAAGACGACCACGAGGACAAUGAGCAAUGGAUUCUGGACGGUGGCUUGCACGGCUACGGCACGGAGAGUAGGCUGAUGGAGGAUGGAAGUCAACAGGAAUGUGGUUGAACAUGGAUUGCAACCGAGGCAGCGAAUGCCAUGAGAUACGCGGUUGUUACAUGGUCUUCAGCCCAGCCUUAUACACUUCCCGCCGGCUGUAUAACGAGGAAAUGCGACGUCUGCGCCGUGCCUUGCAGGACCCGAACACCCUGAUGCCUUUUACUACAUUGUACAGUACUGUUACGUAUUAGGUACGGUUGGAACUUCAACUCUUCAACCGUUGCCAAGUCUCUAGCAGGUCUAGUGAAUAUUUUUAGUGCCUGUGUCUGCAAGGCACCAGGAACCGAUCACGUGGCAGACGCAGUUAACUUCAAUUAGUGGCAGGGAACAGCGCACUUUCG